AUUAAACUCCAGCAGUGCUCCGUUCCCUUUGUACCACGUCUGUGUCUUCCUGCUGUCCUACCUUGACAGUGCCAGGCUCUUUCCAUCCAUUCAGCUCUGCAGAAGCAGAGUUCUCUGGGCCAGUAUAGCACUGUGUGCUCUCCUUUGCUCCUUGCUUCUCUGUGGGAGAAGGAAAAGACUCCGGAGAUGGACCUGUCCUACAGAUCCACCAUUGCUAUCUAUAAGAGUAUCCUGGAGCAGUUCAACCCAGCCCUGGAGAACCUGGUGUACCUGGGAAACAACUACGUGCGUGCCUUCCAUGCAUUAUCCAAAGCAGCUGAAGUGUAUUUUAAGGCCAUCGAGAAGAUUGGGGAACAAGCACUGCAGAGCUCCACCUCACAUGUGCUGGGUGAAAUUCUGCUGCAGAUGUCCAACACGCAGAGACUCCUGAGCUCUGAUUUGGAAGUUGUGGCUCAGACCUUCCAUGUGGACCUGCUGCAGCACAUGGAGAAGAACACCAAACUGGACGUGCAGUUCAUCAGUGAGAGCCAGAAGCAGUACGAGCUGGAGUACCAGCGUAGAGCCACCAACCUGGACAAGUGCAUGGCAGAGCUGUGGAGAAUGGAGAGGGCCCGUGAUAAAAAUGUCCGGGAGAUGAAGGAGAAUGUGAUGCGACUGCGCUCGGAGAUGCAGGCGUUCGUCUCUGAGAGCCAGAGGGAGGCUGAGCUGGAGGAGAAACGCCGCUACCGCUUCCUGGCUGAAAAGCACCAGAUGCUCUACAACACCCUCCUCCAGUUUUACAGCAGGGCUCGAGGCAUGAUCCAGACCAAGGCACCGCAGUGGAAGGAGCAGCUGGAGGCCAGCCGCAACCCCUCCAACAGCCACUCGCAUGGUCUUCUUUCAGCCUCCCACAGCCAGGGGUAUCCAUCAGGCCGGCUCACUCCCACCCACCUUGAGAUGCCCCAGCGACCCCUUGGGGACUUUGCUUCUCCCAUGACUGGGAGUAGAUCCAGUGUCUUCUCUCCAGAACCUCCAGAAAUGAGACUGUCUCCUGAACCAGAGUCUCCCAGGCGACCACUGCGGAGGACACCAUCAGCAAGUUUGCUCCCUACCGGCCGUACCUCCCGUUCGGGUUCCUUUGGUGAGACUGGCAGCGGCGGCAGCGACGGCAGGAGGAGGAGCGGCACGGUGAGGGUACACGCUAUCGUGCCGCACACAACGGGUGUCAACCGGACCCUGCUGCGGUUUGACCCUGGGGAUGUCAUCACGGUGCUGAUGCCGGAGGCGCAGAACGGGUGGCUGUACGGCAAGCUGGAGGGCUCAUCCACAUGCGGCUGGUUCCCUGAAGCUUAUGUCAAGCCUCUGGAUGAUGCAGGGGAGAUGGAGGGGCCAGCCACCAGGCCCUUCCCACUGCGAAGCAGUCACAGUAUGGAUGACAUCCUGGACCGUCCCAGCACUUCUUCCUCUAGCAAUUACUGGCCUGCUGCUGCCCAGCCCAGCUUGCCGAACCCACCUCCCUUGUCGGUGGGUGCCAGCAGUCACCAGAGUGGGGUGGCCACCCCAGUCAGUUCUGGCUCCAAGAAAUCAGGAGUAUUUGACCAGCCCCCUGAACUCUUCCCACGAGGUACCAACCCUUUUGCCACAGUCAAGCUACGUCCCACGGUCACCAAUGACCGCUCAGCACCCAUCAUCCGAUGAAGUGGAAAUGUGGAUGGCAGAGAAUUUCAGCAGGGAAGGGGGAGGCAACCCAGUGCUACUGCUCAUGGAAUAACCUCUCUUUUCUCCCUCCUUACCUCUUGGACAUCGGAACCUGUCUCACCUGGCCAUCUGGCACACUUUAGCCCGCAGCAGAUCUCUGCUGCUCUUUUUAGAUUGUCCCUCGUCCCCCCUCCCAGAGUGAUGUUACUAUGGGACAAGUCUGGUGUUACUGGUGGCCUGCGAGAGGGGAUGCUGCUUGUCUUGGGGAGCAGAGGGAUGGGUAGGGUAUGAUCAUCUGUGGCAUGGAGCAGUGUAAUGAAGGCAAAGCUUUGUUAGCCCUGCUGUGGGCAGAGAAGAACACGGGCCAAACAGUCCCUUUGCUACCAGAAAAAUGAACCCCAAAGGGAGGAGGCGACAAGAAGGCUUUCCGUGACAUGGUCUGGCUGACAGGGUCUGCAGGGUGCAGCUCUCUGUUCUUGGCCCCUUGGGCAACCAUUUCCAUUUGUAGCAGCAUCUGCCCCUUCUCACCCCCCGUGUGGCUCCUUCCCUUGCUGGGCAGCCCUGGGACAUGGCAGGGGCAGGUGACAGUGCCCUGUGCUGCUGCCCAGCUCCUUUGGCGAUUGUCCUGUGGAAAACGUUUGGGUUUUUAUAAAUAAAAUGGAGAAGACUG